AUGGAAGUUAAGUUGGACGAAGACGUAGAUGAUGGAUCAGAGGUGGAUAUGAGUAGUGCAAUAGAUGAGUUAUGGAAAAGGUUUAAGUCACUGGAUGUUGUUGGAAAAAGGGCAUUAAAAAGUAGGGUUUUUGGACUUGCCUUCCCCACAAUGACUUCUAUGUGUCCACCACCUGAGAAAAUAAAAACUAAAGGGGGAGUCAAGAAAAAAGACAAAAAAACCAGUAGGCCUUCACAAAAUAAAUCUCAACCAUCACAGGCUUCGAAGAAGUUGAAAUUAUCACAAUCUUCACAGUCAUCUAAGCAGUUCAUCCUUCAGUUUCCUAAUCACAUCAGGUCAUAUAUUGAUGAUGUAGUUAAUGUUGUAUCAGAUGGUAAUUGUGGAUUUAGAGUCAUUGCUUCAUUGCAUGGAUAUGGUGAAGAUGGUUGGCCAAUGGUUCGUCGAGACUUGGGGUUGGAAAUAAUACAUAAUGAAAGAUCAAGUUUGUAUGCCAAUUUAUUUACUGAUCAGUUAGCAGUAGUGAGAGAAUCUUUGAUGAUAGAGGAAUUUGGUCCUCAACAAUCACAUAAAUGGUUAACUCUACCAGAUAUGGGUUACGUGAUAGCGAAUCGUUAUAAUGUUGUACUUGUCUGUUUAGGAAUUGAAUGCUGGACUUUCUUCCCUAUGACAACUUCAUUUUCACCAAAUGUAUCAAUUUACUGCAUUUGUUUUGUAAACAUAAAUCAUUGGAUUCAGGUAAACAUGAAAGAAGGGUUUCCAUUGCCACCAGUGACAAUAGAUUGGAAGAAGUUUCGUUCUCCAGCAGCAACAUCUUGGAUGCUAGGAUUUGCAGGACGUCUACAACAUUGGCAACAACUUACACCUAUAUUACCAACGCAUUAUGAAUUAUAA